UGGAAUAGGUUCCGGUGUGCUGAAGAACAUCUGGAAACAAUCCAGCCGGGUCCCCCAUUCGAUCCCCACCCCCGUUUCCCAUCAGAGGGAUGCUUGUUCGGGACAGAAAAUGUCUCGGAGGAUAUUUGGAGGGGGGGCCAAAAACGAACUGGCUGGACCCAACACCAUGGCGCUGCACGUCACAUCCCAUGUUGGACAACAGCCCACCAAGUGCUCCUCCAACUUCCCAUAUGCGGCUCUCUCGCAGCCCUGGCGCUUUGCGUGCUGUGCGUGCUGUGCAUGUGCUGAACGUCAAACCUCCGGCUUUCUCGGCCCCUGCUCAGGAGCUCAGCCGCGCGCACCCUCGCCUGUGCCAUGCCAGGGACAACUGCAUGUUCAAUGUUCCAUGUUCCUAAAUGAUCGUCUCUUUACCCACGCCGUUGAACUCUGCUGCCGCCAAUAUUCCACGCACAAGGCACCAGGCACGCCCGGCAUAGGCGAGCUGAUGUGUUCUCGGCGGAGCACUGCCACACUCGUAGCGGCCCCUUCGUGUUUGAAGUUUCCUUCGUGCCUGGCCCUGUCUCCCGCCCGCCCGUCCGUGCUGACGCCUCCAUUAUAUCUGUCGCUGACCCCCAAACUCCAUGAUCUCACCGAUUGCCGUUGCAAGCCCGCGCUGAGGAUAUCGCACGGCCGUGUAUUCCAAACAAAAAAGGAGAUUCUCAACCCGGCGGACACUGUCACAGUCCCGCAUCCAUCUACCGAAGGACCGCCCUCCCAGAUGUGGCACCCAAUGGCGUCGCGUAGCCACCGCUUUACGCACUCGUGCUAAAGUAGUAGUUCUCCCAGAGAUACUCGUAGUCUUCGAGGAUCCCGGCGAUGAACCCUGGCAUCCGCUUGCUGACACCACCCAUGACGCCCUUGGUAACGUUUUCGUAGCACGCUCCCCGCAUCGCCCACCAGGCCAUCGACCACCCGCGCUUGU